AUGUCUGCACCCAACCCUAGGAAACGAGCAGCACCGGGAGCAUCGCCUAUGAUGCCAUUACCGCAACAAAUGCAACAGCAGUACAAUUCGGGAAAUGCGGCGGGCGACCAGGUUCUGCGUUGGAAUGGCAUGGGCGAUGCUUCGAACUUCAUGAACGGCGCAGAUGGAAUCAUGGAUGGAAAUGCACACGUUGGGAAUUCUUUCGGUCUCGUUCCGGCACAGCCGCAAUACACUCAGCCUGUGCCGACUCCGUCAAACACACUUGCUCGGCGACAAAUGAACCGGGCCCUUGUUCCCACCAACACAAGAAAUUUCGAGGGAGCUGUUGAACCUUGGGGAAAUUUUGUCGGAGAGGACAAUGCUCUGCUUCAACAAAACGGACCUGAAAACUUGAACGAGCAGGAUAAUGUCGAAUUACUGGAGGAGAUGGCCCAAAAAGCCAAGAGAGAGUCACAAGCAAAGCGCAAGCAGAUUCCUCCGUUUGUACAAAAACUCAGCAGUUUCCUGGAGGAGCGCAAAAACGAGGACUUGAUUCGGUGGUCAGAAAAGGGAGAUUCCUUCAUCGUGCUUGACGAGGAUGAAUUUGCCAAGACACUGAUCCCGGAACUGUUCAAACACAACAACUACGCCUCCUUCGUUCGACAGCUCAAUAUGUACGGCUUCCACAAACGCGUAGGGCUGUCUGACAACUCCAUGCGAGCCAGUGAGCGUAAGAACAAGAGCCCUAGCGAGUACUCCAACCCUUACUUCCGACGUGGCCAUCCAAAUCUUUUGUGGCUUAUCAACAAGCCCAAGAACGGCAGCAAGGCUAAGAAGGGUGCGAAGGGCAUGGAAGGUGACAACGACAGCGAGGAGGAGGGCGUCAAUGAGGAAAUUCUUACCUCCAAUUUGGGACCUUCUGUCGCCCAGCCUCCACGAUCUCUACCGGCGAGUGAAUCUCAACCCCCGCCAAAGAAGGAGAUGUCUGUCAUUCGGGAGGAAUUGGGCAAAGUUCGGGAUCAACAAAAGCUCAUCCUUGGUGCUAUCAAUCGACUACAGAGAAACAACACCGAUCUAUACAACCAAGCUAUCCUGUUCCAGAACCAACAUGACCGCCACCAAAACUCCAUCAAUGCAAUUCUGAACUUCCUUGCCAAUGUAUUCAGGAAAACUCUGGAGGAUCAGGGUAACUCGCAGAACGUCAGCGAAAUCAUUUCGAGCAUGAUCACGAGUCAAAAUCAACAGCCCAACCAGCAUGGAAGUGUGGUCGAUUUGGGUGAUUUUAUUCAACAGAUGGAUCCUGCUACAUACGGCACACCUCAUAAGAGAGCUCGCGGACUGUUGCCACCCAUCCCUAACCAAAACAACCGCGCCCAAUCGGCUAGAUCAUCUUCUACUCCAAGCAGAUCUACGCCUGGCAGCUCGGCAUACCAAACUGUUGGCCACCACAACCCUGAGAUGGGUCACGUCACAGAACUUCAUGAUAACUCUCCGAGCGACACAACUUCUCCCAAUCUACGCCAGGAAUUGGAGACAAAUCCUCAUGAGCGGAUGAUGAAGAUCAUUAACGACCACAAUGCGACCAACAAUCAUCUGGAUCUUCCAGAGGCGGCAGAGCUUGUUGCUAACGCCCCGAACACGUUGAGUAAUGCUCAACGAAGUAACCUAGUCAACUUCAUGGCUAGCCAGUCCUCUGCUGCCCCGUCUACCAGGGCAACUCCCACCCCAGCACCCCAUUCCACCACGCCUGUCCCCCCUUCUGCUCAAAUUCCUACAUCGAACUCCCAUAUGCCUAUGCCCACUAUGCCUAUCACUGCCUCUGUAUCUCCCCCGCCAGUCGAAGCGCCUUCGCUCUCCCCUAUCAUGGGACCUCCCAUGGCUCCACCCUCUUUGAACGAGAUCAACACCAAUCAGAUGGACCUGGAUCAACUUCAACGCCUUCAAAGCGAACAGGAUGCAAAGAUCAGCGAGCUCGGCAACAUACUUGGCCCAUUGAGCCCUUCAGGGCACAUCCCAGGUCUAGGCGACGAUAACGCGGCAUACUUUGAUCAGCCAACAGACUUCGAUCAGUUCUUUGACAGCAACGCAUUCCUCGGUGACGCUCAAUACGGCGCUGAUGGCAAUGAUUUCAACUUCACCCUUGACACAGACUCCAAUCACCACCACCAGCAGGGACAACUACACCCGGGACAUAUCAUGCAUCACACCAGUAAUACCAAUACUCCCAGUCCUGCGGGCACUGAAGAGAUUCUCCGCGAUGAUCUACGGCUAGAAAGUACACCUGAUCGAGGGAUUAAGCGACAACGCGUGGGUUAG